AUGCCGGGGUCAUUUAGGAAAUGGGUGUGGUGUAUUGGCUACUCCUCAGCCUUCAAAAAUUCAGCGGGGUUGUUUGUGAAAAAUAAGAUUACUUGUAGUGCUUCCCAGAAGGAUGAAUUUUCUUCUAAUGAUGAGGAACGUGAAAAGAAUGUGCCUUUGGUUUCGCUUGGAGUCGCUAAAGAUAUUUCAAAAGUUGCAAGAGAAUAUGGGGCAGAGCCUGUUGUUGGGCUUCGUGGGGAGGCUUCCCGUGCAGCAUUUCCAAAAUUAGUUCAGGAAAACCAAAUAAUUUAUGUUCUUCAAGCAAAUGAUAAUGGGGACCUUCUAAACCAGAUUUCUUAUAAAGACUGUUCUUUGGUUGACUGGGUUCUUGCGGGCAGCGCAAAGGGUAACAGGAUCAAUCCUGAGAAUGUUUUGAAAGCCCUUUCCACCCUCAAGCCUAACGGAAUUGAUGUUAGUAAUGGCAUCUGUGGCUCAGAUGGAAUUCAAAAGGAUCAAUGGCGAGUAUCUUCUUUUAUGAAUGCAGUACAAUCUGAAGAAGAGAAAAGGAAAUGA